AAUUCUGCAAAAAUGUCUUUGUACCCAUCUCUUGAAGACCUGAAAGUUGACAAAGUAAUUCAGGCACAAGCUGCCUUUUCUGCAAACCCUGCUCAUCAAGCAAUCUUGUCAGAAGCCUCUGCUCCCAUCUCUCAAGAUGGAAAUCUCUAUCCUAAACUGUAUCCCGAGCUUUCUCAGUACAUGGGUCUGAGUCUAAGAGAAGAUGAAAUAUAUGCAGACAUGGCCUUGGUUUCAGGAGCACCAGGGCAGGAGGGGCAGGUGGUAGCAAGACCUUCCAGUAUGAACCAGAUGGUGGCACCUGUAACUGGUAAUGAUGUUGGAAUUCGAAGAGCAGAAAUUAAGCAAGGGAUUCGUGAAGUUACUUUGUGUAAGGAUCAAGAUGGAAAAAUUGGCCUCAGGCUUAAAUCAGUAGAUAAUGGUGUAUUUGUUCAGCUAGUCCAGGCUAAUUCUCCAUCAUCUUUGGUUGGUCUGAGAUUUGGGGAUCAGAUACUUCAGAUUAAUGGCGAAAACUGUGCUGGUUGGAGCUCGGACAAAGCACAUAAAGUUCUCAAACAGGCAUUUGGAGAGAAGAUUACCAUGAUCAUUCGUGACAGGCCCUUUGAACGGACUGUUACCAUGCACAAGGAUAGUACUGGACAUGUCGGUUUUAUCUUUAAAAAUGGAAAAAUAACAUCCAUAGUGAAAGAUAGUUCUGCAGCCAGAAAUGGUCUUCUCACUGAACAUAUCAUCUGUGAGGUCAAUGGACAGAAUAUCAUUGGAUUAAAGGACUCUCAAAUUGCAGACAUACUGUCAACAUCUGGGACUGUAGUUACUAUUACAAUCAUGCCUGCUUUCAUCUUUGAGCAUAUUAUUAAACGGAUGGCACCAAGCAUUGUGAAAAGCCUGAUGGAUCAUACCAUUCCUGAGGUUUAAAAGCUGAAUCUCCUAAUAGAGACGUAGCUGAACUGCUCC